AAGGGUACAACAGCUCCCGUUUCGCCUCUUCUUCCUCUCUCCCUUCUCUGCCUCCAAUGGAAUUUUUGCAGGGCGCCGGGAUCCGCGUCUCUCGAUUCCUGCAACAAAUCCGCUUCAUCAUUGUUCCUUUCUGUCACGGCUAACGUCCACCCAUACGACGAAUCUCGUUCCUGUGAGAAUUUUUAAUCUCUCCAUUCUCCUAUUUUCAUUUUUUUUCCCCUUCUUUCUCUGGCCUCUUUUAUGAUCCUUCUCUCGUUCUCAAAAACUCCAUUUUAGGAAUUCGUUGGAAAAGAAUGUUGUUUUAUUGAUUUCAUUUUGUCCACAUUGUCUUCUGCGGUAAGAGUUCCCUCGUGAUUUUUUUUUAAUGUUUUUUUGACGUUCGGAUCUUGAAUUCCAGAAACGUUCAAAUCUCCAGCUGUUUCUCUCAUUCAAUUUUAAUUUUUGUUUUCGGUUUCUUGGUUUUUUCCUUCGGUUGACUAGUUUAACUUUCUUCAUUGUAAAUAACUCACGACAAUCAUGACGAAUUAUGGAGAUAAUUCAGUUGCUUACUUGCUUCAGGCUCCAAUUUGGUUCAGUUUGAUUGAAUUAAGACGCAUGGAGGAGUAGAGGUGGGCAUCAUUCUCUGAUAAGUAGCUAUUGAUUCAUAUUUGGGAGAAUAACAAUGUCUACGAGGAGUGACCGUCAGAUGGUGCCACUGGCGGUGCUACUCAGGCGUGAGCUAUGCCAUGAGAAAAUAGAGAAACCAGAUAUCAUACAUGGUCAGGCCAACCAGAGCAAGAAAGGGGAGGAUUUCACAUUAUUGAAGACAGAAUGUCAAAGGGUGCCUGGAGAUGGACUUACAACAUUCUCGGUUUUUGGUCUAUUUGAUGGACACAAUGGAUCUGCAGCAGCUAUAUACACAAAGGAGAAUCUCCUAAACAAUGUUUUGGCUGCUAUUCCUUCAGAUCUUAGCAGAGAUGACUGGUUAGCAGCACUACCAAGGGCAAUGCUUGCAGGUUUCAUAAAAACUGACAAAGAUUUUCAAGAGAAAGCACAAACUUCUGGAACAACUGUCACUUUUGCAAUAAUAGAUGGAUGGGUCAUAACCGUCGCAUCAGUGGGUGAUUCCCGUUGCGUACUUGAAUCUGCUGAAGGUGUUGUCUAUUCUUUGUCAGCAGAUCAUAGGCUUGAAUGCAAUGAAGAGGAGAGGGAGCGUAUUACUGCCAGUGGGGGUGAGGUUGGUCGGCUCAAUACUGGUGGUGGUACCGAGAUUGGCCCUUUGAGAUGUUGGCCAGGUGGUUUGUGUCUUUCAAGAUCCAUAGGCGACAUGGACGUAGGCGAAUUCAUCGUUCCUAUUCCCUAUGUUAAGCAAGUGAAGCUGUCUACUGCUGGAGGUAGGCUUAUCAUCUCAAGUGAUGGUGUUUGGGAUGCCAUGUCAUCAGAAAUGGCUGUUAAUUGUUGUCGUGGGAUGCCAGCAGAUGCUGCAGCUGAGCAAAUUGUUAAAGAGGCUGUACAAGACAAGGGUCUUCGAGACGAUACGACCUGUAUUGUGGUUGAUAUAAUACCACCAGAGAAGACGACUCCUGUUCCUUCAACACUAACAAAGAAGCCAGUGAAAGGGGUAUUCAAGUCCAUGUUCCGGAAAAGAUCAUCAGAAUCAUCAUGUUCUAUAGAUGAAGCAUAUGCAGAGCCAGAUGUUGUGGAGGAGAUAUUUGAGGAAGGUUCUGCUGUGCUUGCAGAAAGGUUUGAUACAGAAUAUCCACUGUGCAACAUGUUCAAGUUAUUCAUGUGUGCAGUUUGUCAGAUAGAGAUGAAACCUGGAGACGGCAUUUCUGUACAUGCUGGUUCAUCAAAUCCUGGAAAAGUUCGCCCUUGGGAUGGCCCUUUCCUUUGCUUAAGCUGUCAAGCAAAGAAAGAAGCCAUGGAAGGGAAAAGACCAUCAGGAAGAGGUGCUAGAAUUAGUGGUGAAAGUGACUAACAAUCUCCUCAACAGAGCAGUGGAAGUGACUAGCAAUCCUCCUCAACAGCAUUGUCUUGAUUUUGCGAUUACCUCGGCACUAACAAUUGUUUCAAAGCUAACCAGGAAUGUGGAUUUUGAAGCCUCAUCCCAAAUACUAAUUUUGUUCAUUCUCAAGCCAGGGGAUUUAGCUUUCAACUCCAUUCUGACAUCCACUUCAAGAGCCAUUGGAAGUCUACUGCUUCAAAACAAUGUCAGCAGAGUUAAAGCUUCUUUAUUUAU